AUGAACGAUCGAAGCGCCGGUGGCCGCCGGAGGAGGUCUAGCAGCAUCCUCCAGGUCUACCAUGAGCCUCCCGAGACGCUCGAGCAGAUGAGCGACCAGGCCGUUGUCCCAAACAUGAAUGCCAACUGGACAAAUCAAAAAGGGGCUUGGACUAUCCACAUUGUCAUCAUCGCCGCUCUCAAGAUCCUCUACGAUGUUAUCCCGGGCAGCUCGCAGGAGGCGUCGUGGACGCUGACCAACAUGACGUACAUGGUCGGCUCCUACAUCAUGUUCCACUACGUCCGCGGCAUUCCUUUCGACUUCAAUGGUGGAGCCUUCGACAACCUGAACAUGUGGGAGCAGAUCGACAACGGAGCCCAGUACACGCCCACCAAGAAAUUCCUGCUGAGCGUCCCUAUCGUGCUGUUCCUAAUCAGCACGCAUUAUACGCACUACGACUCGACUUAUUUCGUCAUCAACUUCCUUGCUACACUAGCCGUUGUUAUUCCGAAGCUACCAUUCAGCCACCGAAUGCGAUUCAGCUUCUUUUCAGACAUUCCCGAGGAAGAGUAA